AUGGAGGGUUCAAGAUCAGGCGCGGGCGCAGAUUCCCCGCGGCGCCAUCUUGUGGGCGGGGCCGUGCGGCCAUAUCCGACGCAUCCGUGUCUCUCCUCUCAAGCGCGCAACGCUAAGAAAAUGCGCGUUAGAAAGAGCAAAGCGGAUGGAUUUUCGAUGUACGAUAAUACGAUGCUCCGCAUUGGUAAAAAAGUGUUGUCUUAUAAGAGAGCGACGCCAAUGUGCGGCAGAGAUAGUUCCGUAGAAGGAAGAGCGAGCCUCGGUAUGUCAAUAAGCAAGCACGCGGAAUCCCGUGGGUGUGCCGUGGCGUGUGGGAGGCGAGGGGUGGGGGGGCGUCGGGGCGUCGGGGCGCGGCCUGGGCGGCGGUGCGAGUGCGAGCCUCGCCGCACUGCUCGCUGGCACGCGCACGGUUGCGCACGCGCACGCGCACGCAUGAAGACCGAAGACCAGACCACGGAUGAGGCGGCGCGCCGCGCGCCCGCCACGCGCCGCCAGGAAAAGCCACCGUUCUCCUACAUCGCCCUCAUCGUCAUGGCAAUCCGGCACUCGCCCAACAAGCGGCUGACGUUGAGCGAAAUUUAUGCCUUCCUUCAGCAACAGUUUCCAUUUUUCCGCAGCUCCUACCAGGGCUGGAAGAACUCCGUUCGGCACAAUCUCAGCUUAAACGAGUGCUUCAUUAAACUGCCCAAAGGAUUGGGGAGGCCAGGAAAGGGGCAUUACUGGACGAUAGACCCGUCGUCCGAGUUCAUGUUCGAGGAGGGCUCGUUCAGGCGGCGGCCGCGUGGCUUCAGGCGUAAGUGCCAGGCGCUGAAGCCGCAGUUCGGAAGCGGGAGCUACCUCUGCGGCGGCGGGGUGGCGGCCCUGCCACCGUCGCAGUCGGCGGGCUACGAGCUGGCAGGUGGCAGCGGUGCGAGCGCCAGCGGCUCUACGUCUAUAGACUACGGGGCCUGUGCGUACCCGCACUCGGGCUCCGGGGGCCAGCAGCUCGCGUACGGCGGGGAGUACUGCUCGUACGGCGGGAUGAGCGAGCGCGAGUGGCCACUCGCGUAUAGCACUGUUGAGCCGGCGUACCGGCCGCCGCCGCCGUCGCCGCCUUCCCGCCACGACCUGCCCGACCUCAUAUCCAACUACCAAUAUGCCGUCGCCAACGAACACGGGUGGAUCGAAGGCGCAAUACCAGAUUAUCUCCGAAAUUUUACAUCGUCCGUGACC